GUCAUGCACACAAAGCGAGGAGGAGCAUGGGGAUGCUGUGAGGUCAUAGCUGUUCCUCUAGACCAGUUAGAGCUGGACCUGGCUGGGACCUGGGGACCAGAGCAGGCUGAACUUGGGGCUUGGAAUAUUUGAAUGUCUCCCAAAAUUCGUUCCUACCCCUAAGAGGCAGAGAGAGGAGCGGAGAGCAUGUGUGAGCGCCUACAACGCUAGGAGCUCUCUUCUGGGAUAAUCAAGAGUUGGGAUGAGCCGGAUCCUCUUUUAGCAGCAGCGGGCUCAGGAGUGGCUGCGGCAGCCCCAGGGGCGCGCGGGACCCAGUCGCUCUGGGGGCAGUGGAACAGACCCUGCGGGCCGCGCCGUGCUACCGCUUAGGAGUACAAAGGAAAGAAAGCAGACAGCAGUGAGGAGAACCGGAGGCCAGAGUGUGGUGUGGAGGUGACAAGUACCAGGUAUAUUGUUGGACACACAAAGAGAGAAUCAGAGUAGACAGCUUGGAUACAAGGGGACAAUGACUCAUUUGCAAGCUGGUCUCUCUCCUGAGACUUUGGAAAAAGCUCGCCUGGAACUCAAUGAGAACCCAGACACUCUGCACCAGGACAUCCAAGAAGUAAGGGACAUGGUCAUCACUAGGCCGGACAUUGGCUUUCUGCGCACCGAUGACGCUUUUAUCUUACGCUUCUUGAGGGCCAGGAAAUUUCAUCACUUCGAAGCUUUUCGCCUCUUGGCCCAAUACUUUGAGUACCGGCAGCAGAACCUGGAUAUGUUCAAAAGCUUCAAGGCCACUGACCCUGGCAUCAAGCAGGCACUGAAGGAUGGCUUUCCUGGGGGCCUGGCCAAUCUGGACCAUUAUGGGAGGAAGAUUUUAGUCCUUUUUGCUGCCAACUGGGAUCAGAGCAGGUACACACUGGUGGAUAUUUUGCGUGCCAUCUUACUUUCUUUAGAAGCCAUGAUUGAAGAUCCAGAGCUUCAAGUAAACGGAUUUGUUUUGAUCAUAGACUGGAGUAAUUUCACCUUCAAGCAAGCUUCUAAGCUUACUCCAAACAUGCUGCGACUUGCAAUUGAAGGUCUUCAGGACAGCUUCCCAGCAAGGUUUGGAGGAAUUCAUUUUGUCAAUCAACCUUGGUAUAUCCAUGCCCUGUACACUGUGAUACGCCCAUUCCUGAAAGAGAAGACUCGGAAAAGGAUAUUUUUGCAUGGUAACAACCUGAACAGUCUACACCAACUAAUUCAUCCUGAGAUCCUACCUUCUGAGUUUGGAGGAAUGUUGCCCCCAUAUGACAUGGGUACAUGGGCACGAACCCUGCUAGACCAUGAGUAUGAUGAUGACAGUGAGUACAACGUGGAUUCCUAUAACAUGCCUGUGAAGGAAGUGGACAAGGAACUCUCCCCCAAAUCCAUGAAGAGAUCUCAGUCAGUAGUGGACCCUACAGCACUGAAACGAAUGGAUAAAAGUGAAGAAGAAAACAUGCAGCCUUUACUUGCUCUGGACUGAGAACUUCUCCACCCCUACUCCAUGGAUUAAAAAUGGGAGGUCCUGGCUUUCAGCAACAGGGACAACACUGUGGGAUUGACCUGCUGGAAAACUUUACUCAUGUUCACAUAGCAUAAUGCACAUGACAUCUGGCUUUCACAUUUGCCUAAACCAUGGGUGCCCUGGGCUAGAUUUUAAAAAGUCAAUAAUUUAUUCUGUAAGUGCCAAGUUCUUUGUAAAUACAAUAUUGUGGUCACAUCUAGUUUGUAAAUUUUGUUAGUAAUUUAGUUUGGGAAAGUUUGACUCACAUGUUUGAGACAGUGAUAUGGACUACAAUAAGAAGCUUAAGGACAUGUAACCUAUAAAAUUUAAUUAACUGUAUCCCUGUUUCCUAUGAAGCCAUAUAUCUGCUAUCAUAGUGAUUAUUUCAAUAUUUUCCUACAAAACACUGUCAUUAUUCAAAUAUACUUGGGUCAUAGCAAGGUUAAUUAUCUCCGGGAAAUUGUUAUUAUUAAUGUUUUCCUGCUUAGUAAUUUUUGUUUCAGAGGAACUUUUCUGGAAACAUCACUGGCUGCAUUCUGAAGAAAGAGAGUAGCCGAUGAGCUGGAAAACCAAACCAAAUGGGAGAUCAUCUCCGUUGUGUGAUUUAGAGUUUUUUUCAAGAAAAUGUUUUUUCCCAAUUAAGAUGAGGAAUUCUAAAAAAGAAUGGGUUUUUUUGUUUUUGUUUGUUUGUUUUUGUCUAAACGAUUGUCUUAACAAUGUUCCUUUACUUAAGUUGCCAUUGUAACCCCUAUCUGAUAUACUUUAGAUUAUAUUUUCACCCAAAGUAAAUGAGAGUUAGUUCCUGAAUCAUUUUGACAGACAAUUUUGCACAUAAAAUUUGUCACUUACAGAUGAGGGCUAAUUUCAGAUCAUUGUGGAAGUGUUGAAAAUAUAAAUAAUUACUUACAACUUAUAUAGUUUUAUUGACUUCUAAUAAAUUCUUGAUAUGACAGGCUUUGAGAUGUCAUGGAAAAUAAUUAUUGGUGACAUAAAUAGAAAUGAAACCAUUAGAUAGACUUCAAAACACAUACUCAAGGGAUUUUAGUACACCAUAAAAUGAAAUCUUGAUUAUCUGUCAUUUUUAUUAGAUAUUUUGUCUAUUUACAUUUUAGAUUUUUACCCCCUUUCCUCAUUUCCAUUCUGAAAACCUCCCUAUCCCAUCACCCUCCUGCCCACUAACCCUCCUAGUCCUGCUUCCCUGACCUGGCAUUCCACUACACUGGGACAUUAAGCCUUCACAAGACCAAGGGUCCCACUUCUCAUUGCUGUCCCAAAAGGAAAUCCUCUGCUACAUAUGCAUCUGGAGCCUUGAGUCUCUCCAUGUGUACUCUUUGGUUGGUUUAGUCCCUGGGAGCUUUGAUUAGUUCAUAUUAUUGUUCCUCCUAUGGGGCUGCAAGCACCUUUAGCUCCGUUGGUCCUUUUUUGAGUUCCGCCAUUGGGGACCAUGUGCUCAGGUCAAAGGUUGGCUGAGAGUGUCCACCAAUGAAUCUGUCAGGCACUGGCAGAACCUCUCAGGAGACAGCUAUAUCAAACUCAUGUCAGCAAGCACUUGUUGGCAU